AUGUCAGUCUCCCCCCCGGCGCCCCUCCAGCCCUCGCAGUUUGCAGCAUACGCAUCGUUCCUUGAGCAUCUCCAGCACGAACAACAGACCGACCUUUCCCAGCAGCUCGCCCAUAGAUGGGAAGAUGAGGAUAUCAUCUUGUCGGAUGAGAGCGACUGGGAGAGUAGACUGAGCAGGGGGGCGAGUGGAAGACCCACUGUGGUCGGGGAUGAAUAUGUGGGGGCGAGGGUGGGAGGAAAGAGAAAGAGGCAGCAAGGAAGUGGAGAGACGCGCUGGCCCGUAGGGUUGACAGAAUUGCCCCAACCGCCAAGCUUCUCGGAAGCCAUAACCUCCUUCGCUACUGCCUAUAUCCGAACACAAUCCCUCACUCUACCCAAUCUACCGGAUCAAGACCUCUCAAACCCACUGCUCCCGCCCAAUCUGAUCGAGUCGUCAGAACAGAUGGUGAGAGAGGUGUUGACAAAGCUCGCGGGCGUAAGACCGGCGAGGGUGGCCAAGGCUAGGAAAGAUCUGGGGACGUUGGGGUGGGGGGAUGUGCUUGAGGUGGCUGCUAUGCUACCCAGUGCUCGAGCUGAGGUCAUGAAAGCCAAUGCCAGAUUACGGACCAUGUACACCCAGCCCGGACCAGAUUUGCUAUCCCAUCGCUUGAAAUGCCUUUACGAACGCCCGAAAAGACCCUCGCGUACAGACAUCUACACGUCGGUCAUCCCCAAAGCCGAUCCCACUCUAAGACCCCACGUUUCCAAAGCAGAAUUAGCCCGAAGAGCAUCAUCCCUCUCCCAGAGAGCCGCCAACCGCCAACAAAAAGCUGCUGCCAAACAAGCCAAGUCGGAGGCGAAAGAAGAGCGGAAGAGGGUCAGGAGGGAGAAGGCGAAGCUGAGGGCGAGGGCGAAGAAGGCUGAGAGGAUGGGAGAGGCUGAGAGGAUGGGAGAAAGGCUGGGAGAAGGGGAGGCGGAGUGA